AUUAUACUUUCAUGAGCUGAUAUCAUAUCAUGCCCCGUUCUAUUAUCGCAUUUUAGCUAACCCUGUUUGGCGAUGAGGGGCGGGAGGACAAGAUCUGAUAAGAAUGCGGAGAGAUCAGGAGAUGUCACAUUUAAUCAUCAAAAAGCUUCCUCGAUGUGGAAAGGCAACAUUGACGUUUGUAAGCUUUCAACUAGCUAGUGUAUUAAUAAUCACUAGAGUAUAUCGACAACUGUAUACAAUCAUUCACCGUCAUACAAUAUCUUGGCAAUCACUUUUGGAAUUCUACACGGAAGAAUCCCUCAACAUUCCAACACGCACUUUAGGUACGAGAUUUGCUUGAGUUUAAAUCCCUAUCAUACUAAUGUUCAUCAGAAUCUCUAUUAAUUUCAAAAAUACAAAGUACCCUCCAGCAACCAUGAAGACUGUUUCCGAAACUUUAGAUAGCCUUUCAAUCUCCGUAGCUCCAACAAAAACAGACUCAGAUCCAGCAGUAUCCAAGUACUUGCCGGUUUCCAACCCUUCAGAUUGUUUCUGGCAAUCAGAAAAGCAUAGGUUGCAUGACCACCGCUCUACAGAAGAGCUUCCAACGCACAGCGAUGUAGUCAUUGUCGGUGCAGGCUACGCCGGUGUGAGUACCGCGUACCAUCUAGUCAAGGAGGGUGGCGACUCAAUUAAGUCAAUCACGAUCAUAGAAGCACGAGGCGCGUGUUCAGGUGCAACUGGCCGAAAUGGAGGUCAUAUGAGACCAGAUUUGUAUGGCCAUAUUCCAACAUAUGUUGAGCGAGGAGGACCACGAGCAGGAGCCGAGAUAGCCGAAUUCGAAAUUGCUCACGUCAAGGAGAUCAAAAGACUUGUCGAGAAAGAGAAGAUUGAUUGUGACUUCAGUCUCUGCAGGACAGUUGAUGUAUGGUGCAAUGAGGAAAUGGCAAAGAAAGCCAAUGCUGUCUAUGACCAGAUGGUGAAGAACGGAUUUGAAUACAUGGAUGAUGUCAUCUUUCAUACCGGAAAAGAAGUUGAAGGCGUAGGUGAAAUUUCAUACAAUACGGUUCUAGAUUGCUAAUUGUCUGCUAGAUCUGCGGAGUUAAAGGUGCCAAGGCUUGUGCUUCAUACACAGCUGGAAGUAUGUGGCCUUAUAAGUUCAUUCUGGGACUGCUUGAGAUAAUUUUGCCAACUGGAAAGGUCAACUUGCAAACCAACACACCCGUGACAAGUGUGGUUGGUGAUCCAAAUGGAGGCUUCAAUGUUGGGACAAGCCGAGGAACUACACAUGCCAGCAAGAUCGUAUAUGCCAAUAAUGCAUACAUCUCCGCUCUUUUGCCUGAAUACGAUCAUAACAUUAUUCCUUCCAAAGGAAUUUGUUGUCGCAUCACUGUACCUAAGGGCAAGGUCGCACCACUUCUCAACAACACAUACAUCAACCGAACGGAAGACAACACUCUCUCAUAUCUCAUCCCCAGAGCAGACGGUAGCAUCGUCGUUGGUGGUGCCGCGGCAAAAUUCAAAGCUCACAAAGAUCAAUGGUACAAUAACGUCGAUGAUAGUGUUCUCAUUGAUGCAGCAAAAGACUAUUACAACAACUACAUGCAGGAAACAUACAAUGGAUGGGAGGACUCUGGAGCCAAGGUUGACAAUAUCUGGACCGGAGUUAUGGGAUAUUCUUACGACUCGAAUCCUCAUGUUGGUGCAGUUCCUGGAAAGCCCAAUCAGUUUGUUCUUGCUGGAUUUAAUGGUCACGGCAUGCCAGUCAUUUGGUUAUCUGGUAAAGCAGUUGCGAAGAUGGUGUCUGAAGACGUACCGUUUGAGCAGACAAGUAUGCCAAGGUUAUUCAAAACCACCCACGAGAGAAUAGACCGGGCGAAGAAUGGAACAGAAGAGCAAGGUGACAUUCUCGGUACUGGAAACCAAAAAGCGACAAAGCAAUGAAAUGCAUUCCGCCUUCACAUGCUGCCGCAAGCGCUUGCAACUUAAAACGAUCAUGAAUAGCUCGAAUGAGAGGACAUGAAUCUAAAAACGCAGUUUGUCCUGGACAUUGUUCAGAGUAGAAAAUUACUUGUUUGGUAUCGACCACUUGGUCUUGAAAACUUUUGGUCAUGCUACGGUUGCUGAAAACGCGGAAACUUGGCGCCAAUCAUCAACUUUGCAGAUUUGAAUGAUGGCUUUGGAGUCAAAAAUUAUGACCUGUAUAUAGUCACUUUCUAUUAGUUCGCUAAGCUCAGUCAUUUUUUGAUAUUUUAUAUAUCGAUCG